AAAGAAUCCCGCAGGGAAGCCGUUACUCAUAAGUCAGGCCGUCCUUAGGAAUCCCUGCAAACACGCACUCGAUCGGGUUUCCAACUCUUAGCAAAUUGAUACUUUUUUCCCACAAAAUAUGCCCGCCGAAACAUUACCAGCAGCUCCGGCUCCAGCCGGCACAUCCACCGCCGCACCUCCGAAAUCCGCUGACUCCAGUGUCCCUGGCGACAAGAUCGCCCAUGCAGAUGUCGUCGAUGCCUCCACGACGGUAGACCAGAUAGCCGACGCCGCAGAACAAGCGUCCGCCGCCCCAAAGACGCAGUCGCAGUCCCCGGUGGAAGCUCCGAAGCCGGAGGAGAAGCCGCUGGUGCUGUCGGAGGAGGAACGGCCUGUGCCAGAGGUUUUGCAAAACAUUGUGAAUUUCCGUGAUGUGGGAAAAAACUACAAUGGGGACAUUGGAAGCAAGGCUUUGAAGGAGGGCAUUUUCUUCCGCUCGGGACGAUUAGACGAUGCAACGACCAAAGAUCUGGAACUGCUGACGGAGCUGUAUCACAUUCGCACGGUGAUCGAUUUGCGCUCAGAAACGGAAGGAAAGAUGGGCGAUGACCUGGUCAACACUUUCCCGGCAUCUGCCAUCAACGAGACCAAAAUCUACGAACUCCUCGGCCCCAUGCGCGAUCCGCCCGCAAGCACGGGCGAGCCUAUCGACGCCGUUGGUCCCACCAACGUCGACGGCGCAUCCGAGUCUCCCGCCCCGCAUCCCCAAAAGAGCACCUCCAGCACCAAUGUGACGAAACCGACACAUAAAGGAGAGGUGCCGGUGACGAGGAAGGUGGAGAAGGGCAAGGAGAAUGGGCGGGUGACGUACUAUGUGAACUUUGCUGGGAAGAAGUUCAGGCGGCACGCGGUUUGGAAGCCGCUCAAAACGAGUACCAAGAUAAAAUGCAUCUGCUACCUCCUAACCCACCAAAAACCGCGCGUUGUAUCAGUCGUCGGCUCCGAAUCCAUCCAACCCCACGGCCUCCUCGGCCUGAACCUCGCCUUCCUCCACCACUCCGGUACCGAACUCGCCUCCGUCCUCCGCCUCAUGUCCCACCCCUCCCACUAUCCCCUCCUCGUACACUGCACCCAAGGCAAAGAUCGCACCGGCCUUGUGUGUGCACUCGCACUGCACAUCGCAGGCGCCCACGAUGCGGAGAUUGUGAAAGAUUACGAGCGUACGAAUGAGGGACUGAAGAGGCAGAGGGAUGUGAUGGUGGAGGAGAUGCGGAAGACGGGGUUGAGUGAGGAGUUCGUGGAUGCGCCACCGGAGUGCAUGGUGGGUGUGCUGGCGUAUAUUAGGAAGACGUGGGGGAGUGUGGAGGGGUAUUUGGAGAGUAUUGGGUUUGAGGAGGUGGAGCAGAGGAGGUUGAAGGCAUGUCUUGUUGGGUUGGAUGUAGAUGAUUUCGGCGGUGAUGAUGAAGGCGAGGCGGUGGUGGCGAAGUAGGAUUUCUUUUGGUUGGUUUGCCUUGAGGGUCUGUGGGACAGGCGGACUUGUUUUUCUGUCCCCCGCCGUAUUUGCCUCUAGGUGAAGGAGGACUCUACCCGGGACUUUCAUUUCAUCCACUCUUUGUACCUUAACCAUGUACUGUAUGUUCAACCUUUUGGAAAUCGUCAAAGUAAUAA